AUGAUUUACUCUAUUUGGAAUGUUAGGGGCCUGAAUGACCCUGGCAAAGUUGCCUCUGUAAAGAGGUUGCUUCAUUCCCAUGCAGUUGAUGUUGUUGGUCUUCUUGAAAUAAAAAUCAAAUUGAAAAAUGUUCUCACUUAUCAGAGGAAGUUUGGCUCUUCUUGGCUUUGGAUGUGCAAUUAUGAUCAUUCUCCCAAAGGGAGGAUCUGGCUUGGUUGGAAUGCAGAUAGAGUAACUGUUAAUGUCUUGAAGGUUCAUGAACAGUUCAUUCAUUGUAGUGUCUCUUCUAAGGACCUCUCUACUCAAAUUCAUCUCACUGUUGUCUAUGGGUUUCACUCCAUUCAUGAUAGACUUCCUUUGUGGGAAGGAAUUAGAAGCAUCUCUAUUCAGCAUUCUCCUUGGCUUUGUGCUGGUGACUAUAACUCUGUUCUUCAUACUUCAGAUAGGCUUUAUGGUAAUAAUGUUACUGAUUAUGAGACUAGAGAUUUCCAGAGUCUGGUUGAUGAUUUGGACCUCACUGAGAUCAAAGCAAAGAAGCCUUCUACUCUUGGUCAAAUAAGGCUCACACUGGUCCUAGAACUCUCUCUAGGAUUGAUAGAGUCUUUGGUAACCAAGCUUGGCUGGCCUCUCAUGGGCAUGUUGAGACUGUCUAUCUCCCCCCCUCUUUAUCUGAUCAUAGUCCAGUUCUGCUGGAUGUAUGCUCUGCCCCUGCUGGGAAAGAAACUUAAUUCUGUGAAGUCUAGUAUCAAGUCUCUUAGUAGCAAGCAGUUUGGCAACAUUGAGGAAAAGAUUGAUCAAGCUAAUGUUGAGCUUUCUGGAAUUCAGAACUUAAUGGCUCAAAAUCCUGAUGAUUUGGAUUUAUAUGCUAAUGAAUCUGAUGCUAUUAAGGUUUUUAAACACUGGAAUGAUAUUCAGGAAAGCAUCUUCAAACAAAAAUCUAGGAUCAAUUGGAUUAAGCUUGGAGAUGGGACUCAGGCUCCUUGGCUCCCUGCUGUUGACCUUGUUACUAUGAGGAGGGGUAAACAGCUUAGCUCUGUUGCUCAGAGUUAUCUCAUUAGGCCUAUUUCUCAUGCUGAAAUUGAUGCUGCCCUUAAGGGAAUUGAUAACACUAAAGCUCCUAGUAUUGAUGGCUUUAACUCCUUCUUCUUUAAGAGAGCUUGGCAUAUUGUGAAAGAUGAUAUUUAUGCUAGUGUUAUUGAUUUCUUUACUAAAGGGACCUUGCCUAAGCAAUGGAAUUGCACAACUAUCACUCUUGUUCCUAAAAUCCCUAAUGCUUCCCAUGUUAAGGAUUUUAGACCUAUAGCAUGUUGCACUGUGGUUUAUAAGCUCAUCUCUAAGGUCAUAACUGCUAGACUCGCUGCUAUCAUUGGUGAGGUGAUUGAUGAUGCUCAAGCAGGGUUCAUUCCAGGAAAGCACAUUGGUGACAAUAUCCUUCUUGCAACUGAAUUGAUCAAAGGCUAUGAUCACAAAUUUAUCUCUCCUAGAUGCAUGGUUAAGGUGGAUUUGAAGAAAGCCUAUGAUUCAGUUGAGUGGGGAUUCUUGAUCACUGUUAUGCAGGAGCUUGGUUUCCCUCAGAGAUUUGUUAGCUGGAUCUAG